UAUAGCGAUUGAUGGACCGCACCCGAUAUCACAAUAUCCAUUGGUGUCGGUACUGUGUGAUAUAUAUUACAAUUAAGCUUUCAUGUUAUUUUAUUGAUUGAGUGACAGCUGUAAAUGAUGGGCAAAGUAGGCGGAUUUCUUUCUCUCUUCGUCAAAUAUGCAAAUGGAUCAGCAAUAAUUAUAAAUAAUGCUAAUUCUGACUUAGAACAGUGGAACCGGCACGUAUAAUUGGAGAAUUUUAUAAAUAAUUUCUUAAAUAUGUGCCCGGCACUUUUGGAAAACGAGGAACGAUGCUUGGGAGGUAUGACCUUUUUUGCGCAAAGUCACCCAGUGGAAGUAUGCGGCAGCAACGGUCUACCACUCACUCCAAAUUCUAUAACAAUUUAUGGAAAAUCACAAUUUUUGAAGACCAUUUACCAUCCGCAUCUUUCUCCUUAUCUCGAUAUAAUUAGAAGUAAGCACGAGAGAAUAGUAGUUGUUGCAGAGUAUAGUGGAGAUCCAUUAAACACUAAACAAGACUUCAGUACAGAAGAGAUUGUCAAGAUAUCCUUUCAAUGUCUCUUAGGAUUACAGCAUAUGAACAAACUUGAUUUAGUACACAGGCAUCUGAGUCCAGAUAAUAUUUUGAUUAAGAACAAUGGCGAUGUACAACUAUACAAUUUUGGACUAUAUUAUAUGACAGAUGGAGGAAAGAAUGUGUCUUUCCCAAUUGGUUCUCCAAAAUAUACAGCACCAGAAGUAUUUUUGAAUCCUAAUUCAAGUGGUGUCAAAGUUGAUUCCUGGUCUCUGGGGCUGAUCAUAGCGGAGCAGUUGUUGGGACAAUCUAUUUGGCCUGGUGUAAAAUUAUCCCAAUGCUUGAGAAAGGUUAUGAGCUUAAUAUUAUGCGACACUAGCAUAUUCGAACGUCUUGCCAGAGAAAACAAUUGUUUUCACGCCUAUGAGAAGCUAUCACAGGAGUUGAAAGAAUUUGUAGAUUCAUGUCUACAAAUUCAUCCUACUAAACGUAAAACUCCAGAAGAAUUAUUAGAAUUGCCAUUAUUUGCUGAACAUUUAACAAGAAAUGCUCAAGAGAAGGAAGAGAAUCUUUAUAAAAAUGUAAUAGUUAGGAAAAUGGACGAAUUAUAUUAUCUGUGGCAGUUGGCUGGCGGGGACAUUACGAUAGAUCUAAAGAAACAGGGUCUCGUCAGAUCGAGUCCGCCUGUUUUAUCUAUUCCCAACUUGGUCAUACUGCUGGGCCAAAUGUUUGGCCAGAGAGAUACCGCCAGUUUGCUUGAUGUAAGGGUCAUAAAGGUUCCUAUAGAGACUCUUCGUCAACGUUUGGCUCACAUUCCGUACAUAGCAAAUUAUCCUUGGUUGACAAAUCAAAUGCGAGUUCAGGCACAGGAAGAUUUGACGGACGCCGCGUCUCAGUUGCCGUUAAUUAUACGGGAGCGCGACACAGAGUAUCAGUUUUAUCGGCUAGUCUUGUAUGAUAGACUCUUACAAGUAUAUCCGCUCACUCAAGAUGCGAUUAUCGAGGAGGCUCACAAAGAUAUACCGCCACCAGUACGGGGUGCUGUAUGGGCGGCUUUGCUCGGUAUUACUGGCGACAUACAGAAGCGUUACGACAUGAUUGACAAGGAAACGCCCACACACACCGAUCGACAGAUAGAGGUGGAUAUACCGAGGUGUCAUCAAUACAGCGAGCUACUAUCAUCCGGCGCCGGGCAUGAACGACUGCAACGAUUACUGAAAGCGUGGGUCAGGAACAAUCCUCACUACGUUUACUGGCAAGGACUCGAUUCGCUGACGGCGCCCUUUCUUUAUCUGAAUUUUAACAACGAAGCUCGAGCAUUCGGAUGUUUAUCUGCCUUUAUACCGAAGUAUCUGCACAAAUUCUUCUUGAAAGACAAUUCGGCGGUGAUACAGGAGUAUUUGGGAAAAUUCUCUCAGAUCAUAGCGUUCCACGAUCCUCAAUUGGCCAAUCACCUGAAGUCCAUUAACUUUGUUCCAGAACUAUUCGCCAUACCGUGGUUUUUGACGAUGUUUUCACCUAUUCGUAUUUUAGAUGUGUUUCCGCUGCAUAAGAUAUUACAUCUGUGGGAUAAAUUAUUGCUAGGAAACUCGUCGUUUCCUCUCUUAGUUGGAUUGGCGAUACUGAAGCAACUGCGAGACUCUCUGUUGAUGUCGGGUUUCAACGAGUGUAUCCUCCUGUUCUCCGAUUUGCCCGAGAUCGAUAUAGAGUUAUGCGUUAAAGAUUCUAUGAUGAUGUAUCAAAACACACCAGCUAGUAUUACAUAUAGAAAGCACCAGUAUAACACGACAAAGGAUGCAAAUUGGACCGAGCCUGAGGCGGGAACUGAGAAAAUGCCGCGGAUCAGCGUGGACGAUUUCCUAAAUCUCCACAACAACUCGCCAAGCAAAGUAAUAGUGGUCGACGUGCGUAGCAAUAUACAGUUCGAAAGAGGCGCUAUUCUUAGCAGUAUUAAUAUCCCGUUUACGAGUGUACAACUCUCCCAGACUCACGUCGACACGCUCGGACCGCACGCGAAACCUCUGACAGAUAACAAGAACAGUGUCGUCGUGAUCAUCGGGCCGCACGAUCAAAAUAACGCGUUGUUCGCAGAUUUCCUAGUGAAAUGCGGUGUCGUGGGAGUCUGUUCUCUGCAAGGCGGUAUCAACGCCUUACGUUCCAAGGCUCCGAACAUCAUAGUACCUGCGCGUUAAUCAAGAUCACACUUAAUAAUGACAUUAUUGUACAUAAUACUCAGACGAUGAAGUACAAUUGAUAUUACUUGUGAUCUAUAAAAUUUGUAGAGCAGGCUGUACAAUUUUUGUGAUAAAAGGAUUUAUCGGAUA